UAAUAACACAAUUUCUUUUAGUCCUACAGGAUCGCAUGUUGAAUGGUGUAAACAGCUUAUAGCUGCUACAAUUUCUAGUCAGAUUUCAGGUUCAGUGACAUCAGAAAAUGUAUCCAGAGAUUACAAGGAGACUCAGGAAGAGCACAGUGGCUGCCCUUCUGAAGCCGAAGCCGAUCAGGUGGCUCUGAGGGAUGGAAAUAAGCUGGCACAGAUGGAAGAAGCGCCACUUUUUCCAGGAGAAUCAAUCAAGGCCAUUGUGAAGGACGUCAUGUACAUCUGCCCAUUCAUGGGAGCAGUGAGUGGGACACUGACGGUGACGGACUUCAAGAUGUACUUCAAAAACGUAGAGCGGGAUCCUCAUUUCAUCCUGGAUGUUCCCCUUGGAGUGAUCAGCAGAGUGGAGAAGAUCGGGGCACAGAGCCAUGGAGACAAUUCCUGUGGCAUAGAGGUCGUGUGCAAGGAUAUGAGGAACUUGCGACUUGCUUAUAAACAGGAAGAACAGAGCAAACUGGGAAUAUUUGAAAAUCUCAGCAAACACGCAUUUCCUCUUUCCACAGGGCAGACACUAUUUGCGUUCAACUAUAAAGAAAAAUUUCCAAUUAAUGGAUGGAAAGUUUAUGACCCGGUAUCUGAAUAUAAGAGACAGGGCUUGCCCAAUGAGAGCUGGAAAAUAUCCAGAGUAAACAGCAAUUACGAGCUGUGUGACACCUACCCUGCCGUCAUUGUUGUGCCAACGAGUGUACAAGAUGAUGACCUUUCGAAAGUGGCAGCCUUCCGAGCAAAAGGCAGAAUCCCUGUGUUGUCAUGGAUUCAUCCAGAAAGUCAGGCGACCAUUACCCGGUGCAGCCAGCCGCUGGUGGGCCCCAAUGAUAAACGCUGCAAGGAAGAUGAAAAAUAUCUGCAGACGAUAAUGGACGCCAACGCGCAGUCGCACAAGCUCACCGUCUUUGACGCGCGCCAGAACAGCGUCGCCGACACCAACAAAGCGAAGGGUGGAGGAUAUGAAAGUGAAAGUGCAUACCCGAACGCAGAGCUGGUCUUCCUGGAGAUCCACAACAUCCACGUGAUGCGCGAGUCCCUGCGCAAACUGAAGGAGAUCGUGUACCCGUCCGUCAACGAGGCCCGCUGGCUGUCCAGUGUGGAUGCGACUCACUGGCUGGAGUACAUCCGGAUGCUUCUUGCUGGGGCGGUGCGGAUAGCCGACAAGAUAGAGUCCGGCAAGAGCUCGGUGGUGGUGCACUGCAGCGACGGCUGGGACCGCACGGCCCAGCUCACGUCCCUGGCCAUGCUCAUGCUGGACGGCUACUACCGCACCAUUCAGGGCUUCGAGGCACUCAUAGAAAAGGAGUGGGUCAGCUUUGGACACCGGUUUGCACUGCGAGUGGGCCACGGCAGCGACAACCACGCAGAUGCUGACCGAUCCCCUAUAUUUCUUCAGUUUAUUGACUGUGUUUGGCAAAUGACAAGACAGUUUCCUUCAGCCUUCGAGUUUAAUGAACUAUUCUUGAUUACAAUUUUGGAUCACCUUUAUAGCUGUCUCUUUGGGACUUUCUUGUGCAACUGUGAACAGCAGCGACUCAAAGAGGAUGUGUAUACGAAGACUGUAUCGUUGUGGUCGUACAUCAAUAGCCAGCUUGAUGAAUUUUCUAAUCCCUUCUUUGUGAACUAUGAAAACCACGUCUUAUAUCCUGUUGGUAGUCUGAGGCAUUUGGAAUUAUGGGUAAACUAUUACGUACGAUGGAAUCCACGCAUGAGGCCUCAGAUGCCGAUCCACCAGAACCUCAAGGAGCUGCUGGCGGUGCGUGCGGAGCUGCAGAAGAGGGUGGAGGACUUGCAGCGGGAGGUGGCCGCCCGUGCCUCGUCCUCCUCCGAGCGGGGCUCCUCGCCUUCCCACUCGGUCACUCCCGUGCACACCUCGGUCUGACCCUGGAGGCGCAGAGGGACCUGCCGUGGGCCGUCGCUCGUGAUGUCGUCUGUUAGCAUUAGGCCUGGUGGCCCCGCAUCUGAAGGGCCUUCCAGCCAUGACCCCUGUGUGGCCAGGGACAGCUCCCCUCUGUCGAUGCUUUGUGUGUUGUGAGCGCUCCGUCUCCCUCCUGUCGGCUUUCAGAGGCUGGCCGCCCACCCCAUCGACCCUGGCAUCGGCUUCCUCUCGAGCCACCACCAUGCCCUCCCCUUGUCCAGAGAAGCCUCCGGAGACUAGCUGUGCUCUGGGGCCCUGUGCUGGCCCAUAGCUUCCUGUAGCUCUUGGUUCCCACUAGACAACUUACAGAAUGAAGUAUGUGGUGGGAAGCGGCCAGUGGCCCUCUGUUCUGCACUUAUCUCCAGGCAGGGCCCGGGGCCCCGACGAGUGGCGUGUACAUAGAAGGUAUUUUUAAUAAGAGAAACAUACCUUUAUUUUCCUAAGUCCUUUUAGGUUCAGAAUGGCCACCCGAGCAGGUGUCUGCUCACCAGACUGUGAGACGCUCUUUGCACCUGCGCUGGGGCUCCCCUUUACAUGGUACAUUGGCGCGUGGCCUGCGUGUGGUGGUGUUAGUGGCAGUGGCUUCUGUCCUCACCUCGCCUUGGUCCUUACCCCUGAGGUGGCUGCCCAUUGUCAGCAUGACGGAGGGCCAAGCUGCUGGCCUCCCCGAGAGGCUCACCUGCCCCUCCUGGGCUGGCCGACCGCCCUGCUCACCCUUUGCUGCUGCUGCCCACAGCAUGGAUGUCUGCAUUCGGAGGGGCCACCGUGGCCAAGAGCCCGGCAGCCACCGGUUGGGCUCUGCUCCUGCUGUCCCAGCUGCGGCCCAACUUGGCGCUGGGCACCGCCGCCCAGCCAGCCGCUGGCAGGAGGCACGGGGUCGGAGAGGCGCUGCAGCUUGCAGGGUCAGGCCCACGAAGCCGCCCGGGCGCCCAGCGCCUCGCAGGGCCCCGCGCUCGGGGAUUUUGCAGUCACUGACCUAGAACAGCUGUUCAACUUGGGACCUUCCGAUUCUUACAAAACUUUUCUGGUGUAAUUCCAUAUUUAUCCUAGGCAAUUGGGUAACUUAAAGUCAGCUCUCCAUUUUUAUCACCUGGGGAUUUGCUUGUGAAUCAUGGUUGAAUCCUAGUUUGACUUCUGUUCCCAGCACAUGUGAAGGCUCGUGUCCGCGCCCAGGUCUCGAUCUGGCAGCCGCACUAGGCCUGGGAAAUGCAGUGUAGACUUGAUCUCUUGCCAGAACCACUCCAGCAAGGCGGGCUCGCUCGUGCUGAAGUAAGCACUUGGGGGGCACCCUGGAACCGCAGCUCAGCUGCGCAGCAGCGGAUGGACACCCCAUCUCAGCGCAGACGUUGCGCCUCCCCGAAGUCGAGCUGUGACCUCGGCAGUUCUUGUCCUCUGUCUGUAAGUGUCCUGGUGUCGGCCCGUUAUGGUUUUUAAAAACCGGUACAAUAUUGGAUUUGCUGCAUCGGAUGCACCGUAUUUCAGCCUGUAAUUAAAGUGUUUGCUCCGA